AUGGCUUGCACAGGAGUGACGGUUUGUGCCUUGUUCGUAUCAGAUGACGACACCAUCCUGACCUUAAAGCAGCAGGUUGCCUUGCAUCUAGGGCACCUUCCCUUCGCUGUUGUUUUUCUGGUGGGCAAUGAAGUUGUUCCAUUUGCGCAGACAUGGGCCAGAGCUGGAUCCCCGCCACUUAUGCACGUGAUUCUUAAACCCAGGACCAACUGUCACAGACUUGCCUUAUCAAAAGCCAUCCAAGCGCAAAACCACAAUACAGUGAUCGACCUCCUCAGUAAUGGCCAAGAGCCAGAUUGCAUGGGCUUGAUCGACCGCACUCGCCGCUUAGAGCCAGUAUUGGUGACUGCAGCUUCAACCGGCUUCUUCUAUUCUGCAUUUUUGCUCCUCAAUGCAUGGGCAGACCCUAAUAUUGCUGGCAAUGACCGCCGGACUUCCUUGCAUUUUGCCGUUCUCACACAUUCGCCAAUGACUGUGCAGGUUUUGCUGGCUGGAAGGGCUGAUGUGCAUGUGAGGGAUUUGCAUGGCGAAACCGCUUUACAUUUUGCUGCCAUCAGCGAGAACGUGGCUUUCGUGAAACAGCUGAUCAUGGCAGGGGCUGACCCUUUGACUCCCAAUGAGGAAGGAGAUGUCCCGCUACUUUGGGGCCGUGAAGUGGACACUAAGGGUGCCCUUUUGGAAGGCUGUUGGCAUGACAUGUCGUAUACCAUGCUCUUUCUCUUAAACUUGCGAACCUUGUCAGCCUAUACAACUUGCAGGCCAUUGGAAAAGCUUUGCAAGUGCAUGCGCAAGCUGCUCUGUGAAUAUGUCUUGCACGAUGAAGCUGACUUCCAAGGAGGGGCCGGGUCAAACGCACCAACGGAGCGCCUUUUGCACUUGUACUUGUUUCGCAAUCCGCUCCCUGCAGAUCGGCCCCGGGUAUGGCAUCAAUUGCAAUUGUUUCAGUUAUAUGUGGAGCCUCUCCAGCCCACAUUGCAGAAAUUCCCGAGAUUGUUUUGGAUUUUGCCGGUGCCAUUUGAUGUCUCGCAAAGCAAGGAACAGUGGAAGGUGAAGCUGUUUGCUGCCUCCACGUUUUUGAAUUUGCUGCAGAAGGGCGAAGUCGUGAAGCUGGAGGGUGCCCUCAUCACCUGGUUUUGGCCAGAAAUUUUGCAGGACAUGUCCUUAUUGGACAUUCUUAGCACAAGGAACACAUCAUCCAGCGCACGUUCUAGAGCGAGGCAGCUAUCUACUGCUGUCCUCUUCUUCUCAGUGCUGGCCACACCUUUGCCGCAGACCAUCCCAAAGAAAUUGAGUUCAAUGGGGACAAACAUCUGUCAUCGUUGGGUUCUUCUGCAAAGAUUUUUGCUCAGCAACAACCACCGCAAACCCAAGAGAGAGCAGCCUAGAGGAAAUCCCGUUUUGUUGCUGUCAGCAGCCCUGCGGCAGGAACUUGCACGACCCGCAAAUUUUGAGGAUAGGCAAGGUGGCGCAGAAGAUGUGAGCCAAGGUGGCACAGAAGAUGUGACCCGCCGAAUCUUGGAGAACAGGGGCGUGGCCCGUUCCCGCAAAAUGCUGAAGUUGGUGCAAUGGUCGCAUGGACUUGGAAUGGAGUUGCCGUUGCGGGGAGACAGCGUGGAUGCUAUGGUUCCCUAUCGUCACGAACAUUUUGCUCCCUGCGUAGACAUCACAACUCUGGCAUGGCUUCACCCCCAUGACAGAGACCGUCACGUUCGGUUCGAGUCUGAAGGCCACGUGUAUUACAUCCGUGGCAAGCAGACCAAUGGAUCUGUGACUGGGUUGAUCCAUGCCUUGGCACGACCAUUCGAUGCCGACGAAGUAAUUUCCAAUAUGAUGGCAGGUGACAGAUGGCCUCGCGCAGGCUAUUUGCGACCAUUCUUAGGAGAGACUGUAUUGAAGCGCGUCCGCCAAGUUGAUGCAGACCUUGUGCUUGCUCUCCUGGACUCCCCCCGCAAUGAUACAUGGAUCUCCAACCGGCUCCAGAGCCUGCGGACGAACUUUCCAGAGAUUGUCCAGAGUCUGGUAUUUGGCCCGCAUGAAAUCAAGCGCAUGUGGGAAGCCAACCGAAUUGAUGCUGCUCUUCGAGGCACCCACAUGCAUUUUUGGUUUGGAGCGCAUGUGAAUGGAUAUGUGGUGCCAAAAACAAGUCCAGAAUUCUCGAUGCUUGAAACCUUCUUACAAGACAUGCAAGGGUGGCGCGCCUUCCGCACGGAAUGGGUUAUUUUUGGUGAGGAAGAGAACAUUGCUGGGUCAAUCGAUCUCACUGCACAAAACCCAAAUGGGCAGUUGGCACUGAUUGACUGGAAGCGGACCUCCAGCCUAGCAUCGAAAUUCUCUUCGCCGUGGACGAUGCUACCGCCUUUAGAUCAUGUUCCGGACUGUGCUGGGUGGCAUUACCGGCUCCAACUGAACAUUUACAGGUAUAUUGUGGAGAAAUACUACGGCUUUGAGGUGGCUAUGAUGCUAGUGGUUUGCACCCACCCCGACCAACAAUUGCGGCCUUUCAUCGACCAUGUGCCGCGUCUCGACAAGGAGAUUGAAGUCGUGAUGAGUUUGCGGCGGGACAAAGCACAUGCUGUUGAUGUGUCUGGAGGAUCAGAUUUUGAGGAACAACUUGAGAAAGAAAUGGAUUGGCUGAAUGAGCAGGCGAAAGCCGAGGAGGCGGCUAGUAGGAGAGAUGGGAGGGGUGGGCCAGAGGGACCGGAAGAAGCACAGCAACCUGAAGGACUUGCAAGUCAAGCUCUUGAGGAUGAUGGAGCAAACCCACUGCCAGAAGUAGAUGAUGCAAAUCUGAGACAAUGCAAGAAGCGCCGCUUGCUUCCUGGAGCUGCUCAGUCCAUGCCGAAGUUUCAGAAAGAAUUUGACAGCUUGCGGGCUGCUGCAAAUACAUCUCUGCAGCAGGCGUCAAUCAAAAAGCCUGAGCAGAGCCAUUCCCUUUUGCAACAGAGCAGCUACAUGAUCAAGCAGGUGCGUGCUCGCAAGCCACAAUGGCCUGAGCAGCUUGUGCGCUUGGUGGCGUGCGCUUGCGUUUUGCCCCACAUGCGGCUCUGCGAUGCCUACCUCCGGGAACAUAUUUACUUGAUCUGGCUGAUGGAAGGUGGCCGCUACCUUCGUGUCCACAACGGACAAUGCUUUCUGUACCAUGAUUGCGGGGCUUUCCAAGUCUUUCGCGGAAGCCCGCCGGAACAAACAGUUGCCCGGAUCAAAGAGUUCAUACUUCAAGUCGAAGGGUUUUUUCGAAGCAUCCAAGGAGCAGUAGAUCGAACACAGGAGAGUAUAGUGCAAAUGGUAGAAGGCAUGGGGGCAGAUACGAAUGGAGAUAUAAAGGUGCUACUUGACAAGUGGAUAUCUGCCGCGCUCUUCAUGAAGCAGCUUCCGCGCGGCCGCAGAGCGCCUCAAUUUGAUGAAGUUGGUGAUGCGGAACCAGAAGCGGCGGCAACUGGUGAUGCAGGAGGGUGGACCCAAUCCAUUGCUAUCGCCCUAAGCAAGUUGAGCGUAACCCUGCAAAAGGAAGUCAUGGAUGAUAAGAUAUAUGGUCUCAUGAUUGAAUGGUGUGAAACGCCUUGCCAGAAGCAAGCUGGCUGUGCGUACAAAGAUAUAUGCGUUGUGUAUGAUUCAAAUGAAGAGAAUGUGGAAUUUGUGCAGCCAAGCCACGACAACAACCUCUACACAUUGAUCCCGCAUGCCUUAAAGCCUUCUUUGCCGGAUCCCGUCCUCCAAGCUGCGAGCUGCCGUUUGGAGAAGUUUUUCCGCGAGACCUUUUGGCGGAACUUCGAUGUCUUUUUGUGCUGUCAGGCAGCCCAAGCCAUCGCGAAAAGGGGUGAGAAUAUUGACCGAUGCUUCAUUGGUGAGAGCCCCGGUGGAGUAGGCCAAUCUUUAUACAGUUCUCACUUGAAUGCGGUUUAUGGACACAAUCACGCAUUCAUUGACCCUAAUAUUUGGUACGAUGAGCAAGAGCUCCGGAAGCAGAUUGAGCAAUUUGCAGGCUGCUUUAUCUUAACAGCGCAGGAGGCGCCUGAAACUUCACGCCGAAUGCGGGAAGACUUGUACAAAAAGACAAUGAGUGCAGAUGGCAUGGCUGGGAGGCGGCCGUACGGGUAUGUCACCCGCAUGAUUGAACUUACCGGAUGGAAGAGGAUGGAGGUCAAUCGUCUGAUGCAGUUCAAGGGUGUAUCUGAGCAUAACUUCCCAUCAAUCCUGCGGCGCAGUUUCCUUUGGCGUCCGCACGCUCGAUUUGUAUGUCCGCAAUACUUGGAAGAGCAUUACACAGAUGCGGCGCUGGAUGGGUACUUUCCAAAAGAUCCAACUUUGAAGGAGUUCCUUGUCUCAGGACCAGCAAUCGCCAGCAGCAUGCAGCUGCAGCACGCGUUUGAACAUACAUACUCACGAGCUGAAUGCAUACAUAUGAUAGAAUCAUAUUGCAAUUUGGGUGGUGAUCAGGGAUUGACAGAGGACAAAAUGCGAAUCGCUUGUGGGCUCCCACCGUGUCAGCGUGCCGAGAUCGCUGCUCCUGGGCUAGGCCCUGUGGAUGAUCAACUAAGCCAGGAUCAAGCAGAAAGUGUAAAAACAGGUUCUGAAGCAGUGGCCCGCCGCAUUGUGGAGGAAUGUCUUUCAAAGGGGUUCUUCAUGUUCACAUUGCAACAGUUCAAGACCAUGUCUCUGCCUUCGAAUGCACCCAAUUUAGACAAAGAGAGCAUGUUGACACAGCUACAAGAGCAUUUAUUGGUAAAGCAAAUAGCAAGAAAGCGCGGCAAAGGAAAGCAGAUCAUUGUUCCAUGCGUCCUGGGGCAAGGCAGUUUGCAGGAUGUCUUUGAUCUGAAAAGCUCAAACGACACGGCACUAGUAUUCCCCGAAAUGUGGCACACAAGUUGCUUGCGGGACUUUGCUUCCAAACAUCUUGCCAGAGAACACAAUGUCGUCACUAUGAUAGCAUUCUUGGAUGCCAGCAUUGCUGCAUUGAAGAGGAAAGGCUCCGGAAAGUUAACGUCUGAGGUCAAGCUCAGACACGAUGCGUUGGUCGAAAGGAGGCGUAAGUUGGAAGCCAACGAGCAGUUGAUUGGGAAGCUCCUCGCUGCUGCUGGUGGUGAGGCUGGUGACCUGGAAGGGCAGGCUAGCAGUCACAGAUGCACAGGGAAGCAGCAAUUGCGACAUAGCAAGACAAAGUACAGACAAGGCUCAGAUUUGAUCCGUGGACGAAGGUAUGACAUUGAAAAUGCCUUUUUCACGUUGAUGUCACAGCUCAUCCAUAAAUUGGAUCCUGUGUUCAAGAUGCCGGAUGAUGCCGCAAAAGCAUUGAAAAGAUGCGCUGAGGCACGCAGUGAUGUGAUCAAGGAGCUAGGUUUGCCAGCUGCGGAAGGGAAGAAAGUUUUGCUUGAAGUCAUAAACGGUGGCGGUCCGCCUAGCCGUCUGUCGGAACAUGAUGUAAUUGUUGGGCUUCGGAAAGCUGCCAUCUGGAUUAAAUGGCUUGCAAUUUCAAAUUUUCCCGAUCUCUACAGCCACUGUGAUGCAGACAGAAGCAAGCCAUCGCCAGACAACUCCAUGAUAGCAUACUUGUACCAAGCUGUUGAAGAUCUAGUUUUGUCUAGCUGGGUGCAAUUCCUCAUGACGCAAGAUCUCGUGCAUUUAUCCCUUCACUUCGACGGUUGCCGAAUUCAGGGUCGAGCGCUUGACACGGCUUCAAUGUGUCAAGAGUCUUCGGAGUGGAUUGCCAAAGAGACUGGGUUUCAGGUGGUUGUGAAGCAGAAGAAGCACCUGCUUCUCGCGGAGCUGUUGGGAAGGGAUGGACGUGUUUGCGAUACUCUGUCACUUUCUUCCAGCUUCGACUACUCUGCAAAUGGCAUUCUUACAUGCCUGGCCUACAUUGCAGACCUCUGGUCACCAUUGGACGCAUGGCUACAGGCAUGUGCUGAGGAGUCAAUUGAUUAUGCCUCCCUAGUGACAUUUCGCAUGCUGAAAGCAGGCGAAAAACCCCGGCAAGAAUCUGAAGUUCUUCUGGAACUGCAGGCCGGCUUCGAUCUAUCUGGCGGUGCUGAGUUGGAGAUGUUGUGUGAGUGCGAAGGAUUGCUGGAGAAUUCUGAUGAUGAAGGCAUGGCCGGAUCACAUGUUGAUGAAUCAAUAGUGCAGGUGGGCGAAGAGUUGCUGGCGUUGCUCGCAGAAGAAAGAGGUGAAGUCCUAGAUAGCACUGAGACUGUGCAUGAAGGCAGUAUGCACCGUUGUCCGUUCUGUCCGUUCCGGCAAUUCCCUCGACCUUCUCGUGUGAUGGAGCAUGUGCAAAAGUAUCAUACAACGAAACGACAAUUCUGUUGCAGUGGCACCAAGCAAGUCAGAGUCAUUCAGGCUUUGUUUGACGAUGACCAGCUCCGCAAUAUACAGCCAAGUGCUCGCUACCUCCGCAGGAGCGCCGCCGUGUUGCGAACAUCAAUUGGGAAUGGGGAUGGAAGCAUCAAUCAUCUUGAUCGUCGAUUACGCUUGGUCUUGACGGAGAAGGGCCCCGUGUACAAAAGCUUGCAACACGUUGCUGAGAACGAAACAGUGUACCGUCGAGCCAAGAACUUGUAUUACACGCAUGGAUUUGCAGAUAUGCUUUUCCAAGAGAUGAUGGUUAGCAAUGCAAAAAUGAAGCAAGCAUCUCGACUGAAGCUUGUAGACAUGUAUCCCUUGGAUGCACUCUUUGUUGCGGCUAGCCGGUUGGCUUUGAGACUCGCAGCAAGUGGCAGCAAGCUCACGGGCCUCUUGCCUCAGCAUGUUCGACACUGGUGGCCGCUCGUGGAGGACAUCUUCUACUCCGACGCCGUGAACCAGCUGUUCGCCCAAUCUAUGGCAGAGGCGGUUCACCAUACGGAAUUUGAAUCCGUCAGUGUGGAUGCAACCCUGAAGUGUUGCCUCUCCAUUCUCGGCCAGAGUUCCUACAGAGCAGGGCCGCAGGAACGAGCCAGCGCUGCUUUCACGGGGAAAGAUUGCUUUCGCAAGGUUCUGACAGUCCGUGGGCGAACCGGCUGUGUACUGCUCAUGGCUCCAACGCCAAAUGAGGAGGCACCCGCCAUUGCCGAGCGCAUUGCUGAGUCGUUGCCUGAAGAUGGACUCCGGCAAACACGGAUUGUGUGCACGGAUGAUCCUUCUGCGCAUUUGUUGUCGACAUUGCGCAAUGUCAUGCCAAAGCUGGAGCUGCUAUGCUUGGACCCUGUCCACCUAUGCAUGACUUUUGAGUAUGGGACGUACAGAAGAAGAACAAAGGCGUCAACCAUGUUGAGAACAAUUAUGCAAAAGUUUAAUGCCGUGGACUUUAAGAACAUGUCAGCCUACAACUCCAGGCCUUUCAACGGCAUUCAGGAUGUUUCGUUCGAUCACAUCACCAAGACACGUCGAGAACAGAUUCUGAGUGGAGGAAUGGGAAAGGCCAAAGCAGAAUCUCUCCUUGACAGCCUGGAUGCUGCGAAGCCUUGGCAAUGCGAACGGGAUUGCAUUGAGGCCAUGGCAGCAUUUGUCCGAUGUUUUCCGGACGAUGUAGACAAAAUCAUUCCCGGUCCGAACCGGUCUGGACGGCAAGUGCUGUACACUGCCUGCGUGCCUGCGAGGAUGCAAUGGUAUUUCAACAACAUCCGGGCGCGCCAUAGUAUGCGGCCAGAUCGAGUUGUAUUACUUCCUGCUGGUACCACUUCCAACGAGGCACUGCAUGCUGAAGUACGAGCUUGGUUCCGAGAGACGCAGCAGAUGCAUAAGAGCACAUUGGAAAUCAAACUGCGGGUGCUUCACCUGUCCAAACUGAUGACCCACCAUGCGGGCAUGUACAGACCAACUUUGCGGCAAAUUCCGUCGGGCCUGGUGCUGGCUAGAUCUGUUGUCUCUUCUGCCUGGAAUCGACGAAAGCCCUGGAGCAAAUUUGCCGGACAGAGUGGCAAGGCCCAUUUGCCUCUCAAUGCGAGACGGCAGCAAGAAGCAUCAUUAGUCAAGGCGCAUGCUUCCAAAAAACCGGCUGCCAAUAUCAAAAGACCAGCGGCCAUGAGGCAUUGCGCAAAAAAGCCAGCCACGCACGUCCUCCCGCAGAAAGUGCGCAGGACUCCCUUUAACAGAGUAAGAGUGUCCACUUGCCGUAUCAUGGGCAAAAAAAGGCAAGGAGGUUUGAAAGCCUAG